UUUAACUCCAAGUCAGAAGUCACUGUGUUCUGUCUCUUCCCCAAUCAAUUGCUUCGAAUUUGCAAAGUACCCCUAAAACAAAUCUCACUUGAUCUUUUUCUUCUUCGAUUGAUCCAAUUAGAAGAAAGUUCUUCCCCAUGCUCAGAUCAGGUCUCGCUUCGUUAAUCGUCGAUGUCAAUUUACGCCGCACGUUACGUCCAAACCGAACCUUUUCUUUUCCGGCUCAUAUUCUUCUUAGCCGUUCCUCCUCACGCAGAUGCAUUAUCUCCUCCUCCUCCUCCUCCCCUACAGCUCUGAGGUUUCCGAUUCGUAGAUGUCGCCACCAUCGCCUUUCCUGGUUUUCUUCAUCCUCUUCGUCGGAGGAGCAAGGCAGACCAACAACUUCCUCUUCCAGAAACAGUUUCACUGGUCACGGUCAGCUUGAUGAUGGUGACGACGACUACAAUUCUCCGCAUCAAUCAUCUUCCAAAGUUCUUACAUUGCCCACCGUGUUAACACUUGGUCGCGUCGCCGCCGUUCCAAUCCUCGUCGCAACGUUUUACUGUGAUAGUUGGUGGGGAACAACUGCUACAACUAGCAUUUUCAUUGCAGCAGCCAUUACAGACUGGCUUGACGGCUAUCUUGCCCGCAAGAUGAAGUUAGGUUCUGCUUUUGGUGCCUUUUUGGAUCCAGUUGCUGAUAAGCUUAUGGUCGCAGCUACAUUGAUUUUACUGUGUACAAAACCUAUUGACGUUGCUGUAUUAGGACCCGUUCCUUGGUUAUUGACGGUACCUUCUAUUGCAAUCAUUGGUAGAGAGAUUACUAUGUCAGCAGUAAGAGAAUGGGCUGCUUCUCAAAAUGGAAAGCUUUUAGAGGCUGUUGCUGUAAAUAACUUGGGCAAGUGGAAAACCGCCACUCAAAUGACAGCACUAACCAUACUCCUUGCAAGCCGGGAUAGCAAUGUUGGAUGGCUCGUAGCUUCAGGUGCUGGAUUGCUUUAUGUAUCAGCAGGACUAUCGGUUUUGUCUUUAGUAGUUUAUAUAAGAAAGAUAUGGAAAGUACUACUGAAGUAGUUGUAAGUUGUCCAUUCUCUUGUCGCACUUGCUCAUGGAAGUUGUUGUUAUGAAUUAUGACAGUUCUUUUAGGUAAUUAACAAGUGUUCAUAUAUAUGUAACUCUACAUUCGAUAAACAAGCCAAAGGUGAAACGAUGGAUCUAAACAAAUCUAGAAAAAAGUUUCACAGCUGGCAAAGACCA